AAUUCUUUUCUGGACAGACUGGGAUGCAAAUUUUCCUCGCAUUGAAUCUGCCUCUAUGAGUGGUGCUGCAAGAAAAACCAUCUACAAAGACAUGAAAACUGGGGCUUGGCCUAAUGGACUAACUGUGGACCACUUUGAGAAGAGGAUAGUGUGGACAGAUGCCAGGUCAGAUGCUAUUUAUUCAGCCCUCUAUGAUGGAACAAACAUGAUAGAAAUCAUCCGAGGUCAUGAAUACCUUUCCCAUCCUUUUGCUGUGUCUCUAUAUGGGAGUGAAGUCUACUGGACAGACUGGAGGACCAACACAUUGUCCAAAGCCAAUAAGUGGACAGGGCAGAAUGUCAGUGUGAUUCAGAAAACAAGUGCACAGCCAUUUGACCUUCAGAUAUACCAUCCCAGUCGCCAGCCACAGGCUCCCAAUCCUUGUGCAGCUAAUGACGGCAAAGGCCCCUGCUCUCACAUGUGUCUAAUCAAUCACAAUAGGAGUGCUGCAUGUGCAUGCCCCCACUUGAUGAAGCUUUCUUCAGACAAGAAGACCUGCUAUGAAAUGAAAAAAUUUCUUCUUUAUGCAAGACGUUCUGAAAUCAGAGGAGUGGAUAUUGACAAUCCAUAUUUUAACUUUAUCACGGCAUUUACAGUUCCUGAUAUUGAUGAUGUUACUGUGAUAGACUUCGAUGCAUCUGAGGAACGUUUAUAUUGGACAGAUAUUAAAACACAAACCAUUAAACGAGCUUUUAUUAAUGGAACUGGGUUAGAAACUGUUAUUUCAAGAGAUAUUCAGAGUAUCAGAGGACUAGCAGUGGAUUGGGUGUCACGUAAUUUAUACUGGAUUAGCUCAGAAUAUGAUGAAACACAAAUUAAUGUGGCAAGGCUAGAUGGCUCUUUGAAAACCUCAAUUAUCCAUGGAAUCGAUAAGCCACAGUGUCUUGCAGCUCACCCAGUCAGGGGAAAACUCUACUGGACCGAUGGAAACACAAUUAACAUGGCAAAUAUGGAUGGCAGUAAUAGCAAGAUUCUGUUUCAGAAUCAGAAGGAGCCAGUUGGUCUAUCGAUAGACUAUGUGGAAAACAAGCUUUAUUGGAUCAGUUCGGGGAAUGGAACCAUCAAUAGAUGCAACCUGGAUGGUGGUAAUUUAGAAGUAAUCGAGUCAAUGAAAGAAGAAUUAACAAAAGCUACAGCCCUAACCAUCAUGGAUAAGAAACUGUGGUGGGCAGACCAAAACUUAGCUCAGCUGGGAACCUGCAGCAAAAGAGACGGAAGAAACCCCACCAUCCUACGAAAUAAAACAUCCGGGGUAGUUCAUAUGAAAGUAUAUGAUAAAGAAGCACAGCAAGGCAGCAAUUCUUGCCAACUAAACAAUGGUGGAUGCUCUCAACUUUGUUUACCCACAUCUGAAACUACAAGGACGUGUAUGUGCACAGUGGGAUAUUAUCUCCAAAAGAACCGCAUGUCAUGUCAAGGUAUAGAAUCAUUUCUUAUGUACUCUGUUCAUGAAGGAAUCAGGGGAAUACCUCUUGAACCAAGUGACAAAAUGGAUGCUUUGAUGCCUAUAUCAGGAACUUCAUUUGCCGUGGGAAUAGAUUUCCAUGCAGAAAAUGAUACCAUCUACUGGACAGACAUGGGCUUCAAUAAAAUUAGCCGAGCUAAAAGAGAUCAGACUUGGAAAGAAGAUAUCAUUACCAAUGGCUUGGGAAGAGUGGAAGGGAUAGCCAUUGACUGGAUUGCUGGUAACAUAUAUUGGACAGAUCAUGGUUUCAACUUAAUUGAAGUUGCAAGACUCAAUGGUUCUUUCCGUUAUGUAAUUAUUUCCCAAGGUCUGGAUCAACCAAGAUCUAUAGCUGUGCACCCAGAGAAAGGCCUCUUAUUUUGGACUGAAUGGGGACAAAUGCCCUGUAUUGGAAAGGCUCGUUUGGAUGGCUCAGAGAAGGUUGUCCUUGUAAGCAUGGGAAUAGCAUGGCCAAAUGGCAUCUCCAUUGACUAUGAGGAAAAUAAAUUGUACUGGUGUGAUGCUCGCACAGACAAGAUAGAGAGAAUCGACCUUGAGACUGGAGGGCAUCGCGAGGUGGUGCUGUCAGGAAGCAAUGUGGAUAUGUUUUCAGUUGCAGUCUUUGGGGCUUACAUCUACUGGUCUGACAGAGCACAUGCAAACGGGUCCGUCAGAAGGGGCCACAAGAAUGAUGCCACAGAAACGAUAACCAUGAGAACUGGUCUUGGAGUCAACCUGAAGGAGGUUAAAAUAUUUAACCGAGUAAGAGAGAAAGGGACCAAUGUUUGUGCCAGGGACAAUGGUGGCUGUAAGCAACUCUGUCUUUAUCGAGGAAAUUCCCAGAGAACUUGUGCUUGUGCCCAUGGAUAUUUGGCAGAAGAUGGAGUUACUUGCCUGAGGCAUGAAGGCUAUUUGCUAUAUUCAGGAAGAACAAUAUUAAAAAGUAUACAUCUUUCUGAUGAAACCAAUUUAAAUUCCCCGAUAAGGCCAUAUGAGAAUCCACAUUAUUUCAAGAAUGUCAUAGCCUUGGCUUUUGACUAUAAUCAAAGAAGAAAAGGUACCAACCGAAUCUUUUAUAGUGACGCACACUUUGGAAAUAUACAGCUUAUUAAAGACAACUGGGAAGACAGACAAAUAAUUGUUGAAAAUGUGGGUUCUGUGGAAGGACUUGCCUAUCACAGAGCCUGGGAUACACUGUACUGGACAAGCUCCACCACCUCAUCCAUCACCAGACACACUGUGGACCAGACUCGACCUGGAGCAUUUGACAGGGAAGCUGUCAUCACCAUGUCAGAGGAUGACCACCCACAUGUGCUAGCCUUGGAUGAAUGUCAAAAUUUAAUGUUUUGGACCAACUGGAAUGAACAGCAUCCAAGUAUCAUGAGAUCUACUCUGACUGGGAAGAAUGCUCAAGUAGUGGUCAGUACAGACAUACUCACUCCAAAUGGACUCACUAUCGACUACCGUGCAGAGAAGUUGUAUUUCUCAGAUGGCAGUCUAGGAAAAAUUGAAAGGUGUGAAUAUGAUGGAUCCCAGAGACAUGUGAUAGUUAAGUCCGGCCCAGGAACUUUCCUCAGCUUGGCUGUUUAUGACAAUUAUAUAUUCUGGUCAGACUGGGGAAGAAGAGCUAUCCUGCGGUCCAACAAGUACACAGGAGGAGAUACAAAAAUUCUUCGUUCCGAUAUUCCACAUCAGCCAAUGGGAAUCAUAGCUGUUGCCAAUGACACCAAUAGCUGUGAACUUUCUCCAUGUGCAUUAUUGAAUGGAGGCUGCCAUGAUUUGUGCCUUUUAACUCCCAAUGGGAGAGUGAAUUGUUCCUGCAGAGGGGACCGAAUAUUGCUAGAGGACAACAGAUGUGUGACUAAAAAUUCCUCCUGCAACAUUUAUUCAGAGUUUGAAUGUGGAAAUGGUGAGUGCAUUGACUACCAGCUCACCUGCGAUGGCAUUCCUCACUGUAAGGAUAAAUCAGAUGAAAAACUGCUCUACUGUGAAAACAGAAGCUGUCGAAGAGGCUUCAAACCUUGCUAUAAUCGCCGCUGCAUUCCUCAUGGCAAGUUAUGUGAUGGAGAAAAUGACUGCGGAGACAACUCUGAUGAAUUAGAUUGUAAAGUUUCAACCUGUGCCACAGUUGAGUUCCGCUGUGCGGAUGGGACUUGUAUUCCAAGAUCAGCACGAUGCAACCAGAACAUAGACUGUGCAGAUGCUUCAGAUGAAAAGAAUUGCAAUAACACAGACUGUACAAAUUUCUAUAAACUUGGAGUGAAAACUACAGGGUUCAUAAGAUGUAAUUCUACUUCACUGUGUGUUCUGCCAACCUGGAUAUGCGAUGGGUCUAAUGACUGUGGAGACUAUUCAGAUGAAUUAAAGUGCCCAGUUCAAAACAAACACAAAUGUGAAGAAAAUUAUUUUAGUUGUCCUAGUGGAAGAUGCAUUUUGACUACCUGGAUAUGCGAUGGUCAGCAAGAUUGUGAGGAUGGACUUGAUGAAUUCCACUGUGAUUCUUCCUGCUCUUGGAACCAGUUUGCUUGUUCUGCACAAAAAUGUAUUUCUAAGCAUUGGAUUUGUGAUGGAGAGGAUGAUUGUGGGGAUGGAUUAGAUGAAAGUGAUAGCAUUUGUGGUGCUGUAACCUGUGCUGCUGACAUGUUCAGCUGCCAGGGCUCUCAUGCCUGCGUGCCCCGACAUUGGCUUUGUGAUGGUGAAAGGGACUGUCCAAAUGGAAGCGAUGAGCUUUCCACAGCAGGCUGCGCUCCCAAUAAUACAUGUGAUGAAAAUGCUUUCAUGUGCCAUAAUAAAGUAUGCAUUCCCAAGCAAUUUGUUUGUGACCAUGAUGACGACUGUGGAGAUGGCUCUGAUGAGUCACCACAGUGUGGAUACCGACAGUGUGGUACAGAAGAAUUUAGUUGUGCUGAUGGGCGGUGUCUUCUAAAUACUCAAUGGCAGUGUGAUGGAGACUUUGACUGUCCUGACCAUUCUGAUGAAGCACCUUUAAAUCCAAAGUGUAAAAGUGCAGAACAGUCAUGCAACAGUUCAUUUUUUAUGUGCAAAAAUGGCAGGUGCAUUCCCAGUGGAGGUCUUUGCAACAAUAAGGAUGACUGUGGCGAUGGUUCAGAUGAGAGAAACUGCCAUAUAAAUGAAUGUUUGAGUAAGAAAGUCAGUGGAUGUUCUCAAGACUGUCAAGACCUUCCAAUCAGUUAUAAGUGCAAAUGCUGGCCUGGAUUCCAACUGAAGGAUGAUGGCAAAACAUGUGUAGACAUUGAUGAAUGCUCUUCAGGCUUUCCCUGUAGCCAGCAAUGCAUCAAUACAUAUGGGACUUACAAAUGUCUCUGUACAGAUGGGUAUGAAAUACAACCUGAUAACCCAAAUGGCUGCAAAUCACUCUCAGAUGAAGAACCUUUUUUAAUUCUUGCUGAUCAUCAUGAGAUAAGGAAAAUUAGCACUGAUGGCUCCAACUACACACUUUUAAAACAGGGAUUAAACAAUGUUAUUGCUAUAGACUUUGAUUACAGAGAAGAAUUCAUCUAUUGGAUUGAUUCUAGCCGACCCAAUGGCAGUCGCAUAAAUAGAAUGUGUUUAAAUGGAAGUGACAUUAAGGUAGUUCAUAACACAGCGGUCCCCAAUGCACUUGCUGUCGAUUGGAUUGGAAAAAACCUCUAUUGGUCUGACACAGAAAAAAGGAUCAUUGAAGUAUCCAAACUCAAUGGCUUGUACCCUACUAUACUCGUUAGCAAAAGGCUGAAGUUUCCCAGGGACUUGUCUUUAGAUCCUCGAGCUGGGUAUUUGUAUUGGAUUGACUGCUGCGAGUAUCCUCAUAUUGGUCGUGUUGGAAUGGAUGGAACCAAUCAGAGUGUUGUCAUAGAAACCAAGAUUUCUAGACCUAUGGCACUAACAAUAGAUUAUGUUAACCAUAGACUCUACUGGGCUGAUGAAAAUCACAUUGAAUUUAGCAACAUGGAUGGAUCUCAUAGACACAAAGUCCCUAAUCAAGAUAUUCCAGGGGUGAUUGCACUAACAUUGUUUGAAGACUACAUCUACUGGACUGAUGGGAAAACCAAGUCACUCAGCCGUGCCCAUAAAACAUCGGGAGCAGACAGACUCUCACUGAUUAACUCAUGGCAUGCCAUCACAGAUAUCCAGGUGUAUCAUUCUUAUAGACAACCUGAUGUCUCCAAACAUCUCUGCAUGAUAAAUAAUGGUGGUUGCAGUCAUCUGUGCCUUUUAGCCCCUGGAAAAACCCACACUUGUGCAUGUCCCACCAACUUCUAUCUGGCAGCUGAUAAUAGGACUUGCCUAUCCAACUGCACAGCCAGCCAGUUUCGUUGCAAAACUGACAAAUGUAUUCCAUUCUGGUGGAAAUGUGACACUGUGGAUGACUGUGGUGAUGGAUCUGAUGAACCUGAUGACUGUCCUGAAUUUAAAUGUCAGCCAGGCCGAUUUCAGUGUGGGACUGGACUCUGUGCUCUACCAGCUUUCAUCUGUGAUGGAGAGAAUGAUUGUGGAGACAAUUCUGAUGAACUCAACUGUGACACACAUGUCUGCCUGUCAGGUCAAUUCAAGUGUACCAAGAACCAGAAAUGUAUCCCAGUAAACUUAAGAUGUAAUGGGCAAGAUGACUGUGGUGAUGAGGAAGAUGAAAGAGACUGUCCUGAAAACAGCUGUUCUCCAGACUAUUUCCAGUGUAAGACUACGAAACAUUGCAUUUCCAAGCUGUGGGUUUGUGAUGAGGAUCCAGACUGUGCAGAUGCAUCAGACGAGGCCAACUGCGAUAAAAAGACUUGUGGACCUCAUGAAUUCCAGUGUAAAAACAACAACUGCAUUCCAGAUCACUGGCGGUGUGAUAGCCAAAAUGACUGCAGUGAUAACUCAGAUGAAGAAAACUGUAAGCCACAGACAUGUACAUUGAAAGAUUUCCUCUGUGCCAAUGGGGACUGUGUUUCUUCAAGGUUCUGGUGUGAUGGAGAUUUUGACUGUGCAGAUGGCUCUGAUGAGAGAAAUUGUGAAAUAAGUUGUUCCAAAGAUCAGUUCCAAUGUUCCAAUGGUCAGUGUAUACCAGCAAAAUGGAAAUGUGAUGGCCAUGAAGACUGUAAAUAUGGGGAAGAUGAGAAAAGCUGUGAGCCAGCUUCUCCUACUUGCUCAUCAAGUGAAUAUAUAUGUGCCAGUGGUGGAUGUAUUUCAGCAUCUUUGAAAUGUAAUGGAGAAUAUGAUUGUGCUGAUGGUUCAGAUGAGAUGGACUGUGUGACUGAAUGUAAGGAAGAUCAGUUUCGGUGCAAAAAUAAAGCCCGCUGUAUUCCAAUUAGAUGGCUGUGUGAUGGAAUUCAUGACUGUGUGGAUGGCAGUGAUGAAGAGAACUGCGACAGAGGAGGAAAUAUAUGUAGAGCUGAUGAGUUCCUUUGCAAUAAUUCUCUCUGCAAACUACAUUCCUGGGUGUGUGAUGGAGAGGACGACUGUGGAGACAACUCUGAUGAAGCCCCUGAUAUGUGUGUCGAAUUUCUUUGUCCAUCCACAAGACCUUACAGAUGCAGAAAUAACAGAAUAUGCCUACAGUCUGAGCAAAUGUGCAAUGGGAUUGAUGACUGCGGGGACAACUCAGAUGAAGAUCACUGUAGUGGUAAGCUGACAUAUAAAGCAAGGCCUUGUAAAAAGGAUGAAUUUGCUUGUAGUAAUAAAAAAUGCAUCCCUAUGGAUCUCCAGUGUGAUCGACUUGAUGACUGCGGAGAUGGUUCAGAUGAGCAAGGAUGCAGAAUAGCUCCUACUGAAUAUACCUGUGAAGAUAAUGUGAAUCCAUGUGGAGACGAUGCAUAUUGUAAUCAAAUAAAAACAUCUGUUUUCUGUCGAUGUAAGCCUGGAUUUCAGAGAAACAUGAAAAACAGACAAUGUGAAGACCUCAAUGAAUGUUUGGUGUUUGGCACAUGUUCCCAUCAAUGUAUAAAUGUGGAAGGAUCAUAUAAAUGUGUGUGUGACCAGAAUUUUCAAGAAAGAAAUAACACCUGCAUAGCAAAAGGCUCUGAAGAUCAAGUUCUCUACAUUGCUAAUGACACUGAUAUCCUGGGUUUUAUAUAUCCAUUCAACUACAGUGGCGAUCAUCAACAAAUUUCUCAUAUUGAACAUAAUUCAAGAAUAACAGGGAUGGAUGUAUAUUAUCAAAGAGAUAUGAUUAUUUGGAGUACUCAGUUUAAUCCAGGCGGAAUUUUCUACAAAAGGAUCCAUGGCAGAGAAAAAAGGCAAGCAAACAGUGGCUUGAUUUGUCCUGAAUUUAAAAGGCCCAGGGACAUUGCAGUUGACUGGGUGGCUGGAAACAUUUACUGGACUGAUCAUUCUAGAAUGCACUGGUUCAGUUACUACACUACUCACUGGACCAGUCUGAGGUACUCUAUUAACGUAGGGCAGCUAAAUGGCCCCAACUGCACCAGACUCUUAACAAAUAUGGCUGGAGAACCGUAUGCUAUUGCUGUAAAUCCUAAAAGAGGGAUGAUGUACUGGACUGUUGUUGGAGAUCACUCCCACAUAGAAGAAGCAGCCAUGGAUGGUACACUGAGAAGGAUUUUAGUACAAAAGAACUUACAGAGACCCACAGGUUUGGCUGUGGAUUAUUUUAGUGAACGCAUAUAUUGGGCUGACUUUGAGCUCUCCAUCAUUGGCAGUGUUCUGUAUGAUGGCUCUAACUCAAUAGUCUCUGUCAGCAGCAAACAAGGUUUAUUACAUCCACAUAGAAUUGAUAUCUUCGAAGAUUAUAUAUAUGGAGCAGGACCUAAAAAUGGUGUAUUUCGAGUACAAAAAUUUGGCCAUGGUUCAGUAGAGUACUUAGCUUUAAAUAUUGAUAAAACAAAAGGUGUUUUGAUAUCUCAUCGUUAUAAACAACUAGACUUACCCAAUCCAUGCUCGGAUUUAGGAUGUGAAUUCCUCUGCUUGCUGAAUCCUUCUGGGGCCACUUGUGUGUGUCCGGAAGGAAAAUAUUUGAUUAAUGGCACCUGCAAUGAUGACAGCCUGUUAGAUGAUUCAUGUAAGUUAACUUGUGAAAAUGGAGGAAGAUGCAUUUUAAAUGAGAAGGGUGAUUUGAGGUGUCACUGUUGGCCUAGUUAUUCAGGAGAAAGAUGUGAAGUCAACCACUGUAGCAACUACUGCCAGAAUGGAGGAACUUGCGUACCAUCAGUUCUAGGGAGACCCACCUGCAGCUGUGCACUAGGUUUCACUGGGCCAAACUGUGGUAAGACAGUCUGUGAGGAUUUUUGUCAAAAUGGAGGAACCUGCAUUGUGACUGCUGGAAACCAGCCUUACUGCCACUGCCAGCCGGAAUACACCGGAGACAGGUGUCAGUACUACGUGUGCCACUACUAUUGUGUGAAUUCUGAAUCAUGUACCAUUGGGGAUGAUGGAAGUGUUGAAUGUGUCUGUCCAACACGCUAUGAAGGACCAAAAUGUGAGGUUGACAAGUGUGUAAGGUGCCAUGGGGGGCACUGCAUUAUAAAUAAAGACAGUGAAGAUAUACUUUGCAACUGCACUAAUGGAAAGAUUGCCUCUAGCUGUCAGUUAUGUGAUGGCUACUGUUACAAUGGUGGCACAUGCCAGCUGGACCCGGAGACAAAUGUACCUGUGUGUCUAUGCUCUACCAACUGGUCAGGCACACAGUGUGAAAGGCCAGCCCCAAAGAGCAGCAAGUCUGAUCACAUCAGCACCAGAAGCAUUGCCAUCAUUGUGCCUCUCGUCCUCUUGGUGACUUUGAUAACCACCUUAGUAAUUGGUUUAGUGCUUUGUAAAAGAAAAAGAAGGACAAAAACAAUUAGAAGACAACCUAUUAUCAAUGGAGGAAUAAAUGUAGAAAUUGGCAAUCCAUCUUAUAACAUGUAUGAGGUAGACCAUGAUCACAGCGAUGGAGGUCUUUUAGAUCCUGGCUUUAUGAUAGACCCAACAAAGGCCAGAUACAUAGCGGGAGGACCCAGUGCUUUCAAGCUUCCACACACAGCGCCGCCCAUCUACCUAAACUCUGAUUUGAAAGGACCACUAACUGCUGGGCCAACAAAUUACUCCAAUCCAGUAUAUGCAAAAUUAUAUAUGGAUGGGCAAAACUGUCGAAACUCCUUAGGAAGUGUUGAUGAAAGAAAAGAACUGCUUCCAAAGAAAAUAGAAAUUGGUAUAAGAGAGACAGUGGCAUAAUCAGUGAUACCUUUUAUAUGCUGUAUAAAUGUAUAAAAUAUAAGGAUUACUUUUGUAUGUUCCAAUAGUUAUUAUACUUGUUUUGGCAUCAGCAUUACCUCUUUCUUUAUCUUUUUCCUGGUUAAUUGUUUUCUGAGUUUUUGGGUUUAUGUUUUGCUGAUGACUAUUGAUUGACCAUUUGUAUGGUAUUUUUAUGAAAAAGAACUGCACUACAGUACAAUUUACAACAAUGCUGCUGAUAUGACACACCUUUGAAUUUGUCAAAAUUAAAAACAACUUAUUCCUUUGUAGUGUGAAUAUAAGCAAUCUAUUUUAUAUGAACUUUUUUGGUUGUACUUAAUCAAAGAGAAUCUCUGCACUUUUCCAUUAUAUGGUUUGAAAGCUGUAAUACAGUGUCAUUUUAUUUUUCUCUUUAAAUUGAUUGAUGGGAAAAUGAUUGAAUGAUCAACUCUCUUCUUUGUGCCCAUAAAGAUUGAUUCAGACUCUGCUGAAAAUAUAUAGCUCUCACAAGUUCAACAUCACCUGCUUUGAAAUUAGCCUUAGAUUGCCAACCAAUAGAUGAGAAUUUUGAGGAAAAAAUUUAAAAAUAUGUAAAAUUAAUAAUUUGCAUGAACACAGAUGACUCCAUUUUCCAAAACUUAGUGGACUCUAUCUGAUGUACUAAAUGUAUACACCUUGUAAGCAAUAGCUAUAUUUAGGUGGUAGAACAUAGCAAAAACAUAACUGAAAGUUGGCAGAUGCACUUGCUACUGAAUAAGACCUUUUGUUCUCCCUCAGUCUUGAGAUUGAUAGCCACCCUAGAGCACAACAGGGCAUUGGGUACUUGUGUCUUAGGUAUUUCUUCCCAGUCACAUGCAUUUUGUGGAAGAUUAACCCAACCCCUUACUACACUAAACAGUAAAGAAUAAUACAUAAGCACACAAACUGAUGACAGAAUUUCAAUUAUGUGAAUGCAUCCUCUUUGCUAGGUCAAAAACAAAGGGCAAAGCAGACAUUUUAGUACACAUAGUGAUUGGUAAAUAUUUUCAAGAUAUAAUAUGAGUAAUCCAUUAUUCGCUCUAUCCAAAAUAUAUUCAAGAGGCUUCCAAGUUGUAGAAGAACAAUGAUCUGCCCAUAAUCGAAGGUGGAGAGUCUAAAUGCUGUACCAGUUGCUCUGGUAUUCAUGUUUCCUUGGGUUUUACAGAACACAUGGACCCCAUUCACAUUUGGUUUGUUUAUCUUCAAAUUUGAGUUGAAACAAGUGUGAUUUAUUUAAGUUGUAUUAAAAAAAAGGAUAGCAUUUUUAUACAAAUAUCUUUAAAGGCACAAAAGAUUUAUUCACAAGUUUUGGAGGGCUUUUUGUUCCUCCGAUAGACAUGACUGACUUUUAGCUGUCAUAAUGUAUUAACCUAACAGAUGAAAUAUGUUAAAUAUGUGGUUGCUCUUUAUCCCUUUGUACAAGCAUUAAAAAAACUGCUGUUUUAUAAGAAGACUUUUUGUUGUACUAUGUGCAUGCAUACUACCUAUUUCUAAACUUUGCCAUAUUGAGGCCUUUAUAAACUAUUGAUUUAUGUAAUACUAGUGCAAUUUUGCUUGAACAAUGUUAUGCAUAUCAUAAACUUUUUCAGGUUCUUGUUUAAGUACAUUUUUUAAAUUGAACAGUAUUUUUCAUUUUGGUUAUAAUAUAGUCAUUUUGCCUAUGUUUCUACAAUGAAGUGUUGAAUACUUUAUAAAAAAUUGUUGACUGACUUAUUUAAAUGAAAUUCUACAUAUUUAA